AUGGAAUCAAGAAAGGCAAACUUAGAACAUAUCACAAAAUUAGACAAACGAAGUGUGUACCCUCCUUCAGUAGACACUUAUCUUUUAGCAGAUUCCAUUGUUAAUGAUAUCCAAUUUAUUCGAUCUCUUAACCCUGCAAUCAUUCUAGAAGUUGGGGUCGGAUGCGGGGCAGUUCUCGCGUCUGUUGGGAUCAACCUAGGAGAAGCUUAUUAUUUAGGAGUUGACAUUAACCCGAAAUCAGCCGAAUUAGCCAAAACCACGCUUGAAAUCAAUAAUGUACAGAUUUCAGAAUUUAUUGCAAUAGAUAUCUUUAAAGGAAUGAAUCUAUCAAAUAAAGUUGAUGUGAUUGUGUGCAACCCUCCUUAUGUUGCUACAAGUGCUGAGGAGUAUCAAGAAUGCCAAGCAAGAAUGGAUAUAAGCAGCAGCUUUUCUGGAGGAGUUGAUGGAAGAGAAUUUAUUGAUAAAUUGCUUGAGCUUGCUUCUGAUUAUUUAAGUGAAAAAGGGGUUAUGUAUAUGAUAUGUGAGAUUCAUAAUGGAUAUAUUGAUGGAACCAAGGUAUCAGAGGAAAGAAAAGGGUGUGAAGGGGUUAUGGUAUUAAAGAGGACAAAAUUUUCAGAAAUCAGACGAAUAAAUUAA